CCUUCCGUAUAUUUGCACAUGCCGGCGGAGGUGUGUCAGUCUGACCCUGCAGGGAGCCGCCCGGCGCACAGGACGAUAAGCCCUGCGACGCAAAGCCGUCCCGCAGCUCUGAAGCCGACCCGUGUUCGGGCACAUCCUCCGCCUACAGUCUCCGACACAUUCUAGGCCCACAGGCAGCCAGCAUGGUGUACCACCCCGAGUUUGAGCGGGCCGGCCAGGAGCCGGGCCUCCAGGUAUGGAGGAUUGAGAAGUUGGACCUUGUGCCCGUUCCGGAGAACCUGUAUGGGGGGUUCUACAAGGGUGACGCCUACCUGGUCCUCAACACCAUCAAACAGCGAUCUGGAAACCUGCAGUACGACCUGCACUUCUGGCUGGGCGAGUCCUCCACUGAAGAUGAGAGCGGAGCUGCAGCUAUUUUCACAGUUCAGAUGGACGACUUCCUGGGUGGCAAACCUAUCCAGUACCGUGAGGUGCAAGGCUACGAGUCGCGAACCUUCCUUGGCUACUUCAAGUCUGGGCUCAAGUACAUGGAAGGGGGCGUGGCCUCAGGGUUCAGGCACGUGGUCACCAAUGAAGUUGACGUCCAGCGUGUGCUGCAGGUGAAAGGUCGACGUGUUGUCAGGGCAACAGAGGUACCUGUGAGCUGGGAGAGCUUCAACCAGGGAGACUGCUUCAUUCUGGACCUGGGCAGAGAGAUCUACCAAUGGUGCGGCUGCCUGUGCAACAGCUUUGAGAGGCUGAAGGCCACUCAGGUGGCCAAGGGUAUCCGUGACAAUGAACGAAGCGGGCGGGCCAAGGUGUACGUGUGUGACGAGGGCUCGGAGCGAGAGGAGAUGCUGGAGGUUCUGGGACCAAAGCCAGAUUUGCCUGAGGGUCACACUGAGGAUGCCGCAGCUGACACUUCCAACAGGACGCAGGUGAAACUCUACAAGGUGUCCAAUGCAAGUGGAGAUCUAACUGUUACCAUGGUAGCAGAAAAGAGCCCCUUCUCCCAGAGUGCACUGGAGUCCAGUGACUGCUUCAUCCUGGACCACGGCUCCACUGGGAAAAUCUUUGUGUGGAAAGGGAAGGAUGCUAACACUGAGGAGAGGAAGGCGGCGCUGAAGGCUGCAGAUGAGUUCAUCAGGAAGAUGGGCUACCCCAAGCAGACGCAGGUGCAGAUCCUACCAGAGGCAGGUGAGACGCCCCUUUUCAAGCAGUUCUUCAAGUUCUGGCGCGACGUGGACCAGACCAAGGGCCUGGGCUCCGCCUACGUCUCCAACAAAAUCGCCAGGAUCGAGAAAGUGCCGUUUGACGCCUCGACUCUGCACAGCUCCGCCGCCAUGGCAGCACAGCACAGGCUGCUGGACGACGGCAGCGGGGAGAAGCAGAUCUGGCGUAUCGAGGGGGGGGAUAAGGUGCCUGUGGACCCUGGCUCCUACGGGCAGUUCUAUGGCGGAGACAGUUACAUCAUCCUCUACAAAUACCAACACGGCGGCCGCAAGGGACACAUCAUCUACAUGUGGCAAGGAGCCGAUUCGUCCCAGGAUGAAAUCGGAGCAUCCGCCAUCUUGGCUGAGCAGCUGGACAAGGAGCUGGGCGGGGGUCCCGUGCAGGUGAGGGUGGUGCAGGGGAAGGAGCCUGCCCAGCUAAUGAGUCUGUUUGGGGGUCGGCCCAUGGUGGUGCACAAGAACGGCACGUCCAGAGAGCGGGGUCAGGCCCCGCCCGCCGAAACGCGCCUCUUCCAGAUGCGAGCCAACUCCGCCGGGAGCACGCGAGCCAUGGAGGUCGAUGCUGUUGCCUCCAACCUCAACUCCAAUGACGCCUUUGUGCUGGUGACGCCUGCGGCCUGCUUCCUGUGGGCGGGGCAGGGUGCCAGUGACACUGAGAAGGGCGGAGCCCUGCAGCUCUGUGACAUCCUGGGCGUGUCCGCCUUGGAGGUGGCCGAGGGGGAGGAGGCAGAUGAUUUUUGGAGUGCUCUGGGCGGAAAGGCAGAAUACCGUACCUCCCCCAGGCUGAAGGACAAGAUGGAUGCUCACCCGCCCAGACUCUUCGCCUGCUCCAACAAGACGGGACGGUUCAUAAUUGAAGAGGUACCUGGAGAGAUGACCCAAGAAGAUCUGGCCACUGAUGACAUCAUGAUCUUAGACACCUGGGAGCAGGUGUUCGUCUGGAUCGGAAACGAAGCCAAUGAGGAGGAGAAGGCAGAAGCUAUGGCCUCAGCCGUCCGCUACAUUCAAACGGACCCCUCCAGCCGGGACCCCCGCACACCCAUCGUGAUUACCAAGCAGGGGUUCGAGCCACCCACUUUCACUGGCUGGUUCCUGGGCUGGGACGCGGAGUACUGGAGCUCUGACCCACUGCAGAGAGCCAUGGCAGAGUUGCAACAGUGAAGUCUGACCCCCCCCCCCCACCCCCCCACAGCAGAGAGCGUGUC